AUGCCGAAUGUUGUAGAGGUUCAGGCUGAGCCAAUUGGCGGUGCUAUUGAUGUCCACGGUGAAAAGCACCAAGAGACCCUCUCCGUCAAGUCAGACGCCUUCGAUGAGAAGGAUCCCAACCUGGUCAAGGCCGAGGAGGAUACCGACUACGAUGAGGGUACCAUCGCCGACCCCUUCGCACCCUACGAUGAUCUACCCGAUGAGCGCCACUGGGUUGUCACUUUCCGUGCCAUGCUUGUCGGUUGCAUCUGUGGUGCUCUUGUCAACGCUUCCAACAUCUAUCUCGGUCUGAAGACUGGCUGGACUUUCGGUGCCUCGCUGUUUGGUGCCAUCAUCGGUUUCGCCGUUCUCAAGCCUCUUGCCAAGGCUCUCCCCGAGAACUUCCCUCUGUUCGGUGGAUCUUUCGGUCCCCGUGAGAACAACAUCGUACAGACAGCUGCCACUGCCGCUGGUGGUCUCGGUUCCGUCAUGGUCUCGGGUAUCCCUGCCCUGUACCAAUUGAACUUGCUCAACACCCCCAAGGAGGACUUUGGCAGACUCAUCUCGUUGACCAUCGUCGGUGCCUACUUCGGAUUCGCUUUUGCUACCCCUCUCCGCAAGUUCUUCAUCAUCUACGUCGCCAGAGAGCUUAACUUGAUCUUCCCUACUCCUUCGGCUUGUGCCUUGACCAUUCGCAGCAUGCACGCAGCUGCUACCGGUGAGGCUAUCGCCAAGCUGAAGAUGAAGGCUUUGAGUUACUCCUUCAUUGGUGCUCUUGUUCUCCGUGUCAUCUCUCAGUACGCCACUGGCAUUCUGUGGGACUGGCAUAUCUUUACCUGGUUCUUCAUCUGGGGUGGCUACAACAACGCUGCCAUUGAUGUUGAGAACUGGGGUUGGUUCAUCGAAUGGACUCCUGCUUUCAUUGGCUCCGGUAUGCUCGUCGGUCUCAACGUCGCUUUCUCCUUCUUCGGUGGCAGUGUCCUCGCUUGGGGCAUCAUCGGUCCCCUCCUUGUCCGCAACGGCGUCGCUUUCGGUGUCCAGCCUUACCCUGAUGACCCGAAGUGGCACAGAGUCACCUCUUUCUACUCUCUCAAGACCGCGUGGGCCAACAAGGACACUCCUAGCCCCCGUUACUGGCUCCUCUGGCCCGGUGUCUUGGCCAUGAUUGUCAUCUCCUUCACCGAGCUCUUCCUCCAAUACAAGGUCUUCUUCAUCAUGUUCAAGGCCAUGGGCCGCGGAGCCGCCAAGGGUUUCAACGCCAUGACCUCCAAGGCUGGUAUGAGCGGCACCACCAUCAACGUUGCUGACCAGAAGGAGGAAGAUGUCAUCAAGGACUCUGCUGAGGAUCACGAACUCGUCAAGAUCUGGAUGUGGGGACCUAUCCUCAUUCUCAGCAUCAUCGCUUGCUGCAUCGUUCUCGGUGUCCAGUACGACAUGCCCGUUGGCAUGUCUCUUCUCUCCGUCUUCCUGGCCUUCUUCUUCGCCAUCCUCGCCGUUCAGUGCGCUGGUGUUACCGAUGUUACUCCGUUGACUGCCGCCUCCAAGGCCUCCCAGCUUGUUCUUGGUGGAGCCACCAAGGGUGAGCACUGGAUGACCGAGCACGCUCAACGCCUCAACUUGAUUGGUGGUUCUCUUGCCUCCAUUGGUGCCGGUCAGGCCUCUGACUUGGUCGGUGACUUCCGUGUCGGUUACCUCCUCCGUACAUCUCCCUUCCAGCAAUGGGUCGCUCAGGGUCUCGGCACGAUCGUUGCUUGUGUCCUCGCCCCUGCCAUGUUCAUGCUCUUCAGCAAGGCGUACCCUUGCAUUAUCGACGUCGAGGCUGAGACCUGCCCCUUCGCUGCCCCCAGUGUUGGUGCUUGGCGUGCUGUUGCCGUCGCUGUUACCGACCCCGUCUUCCCCGUCCCUAAGACUUCGGGAUACUUCGCCAUCGCCUUUGCCAUCUUCGGUGGUGCUAUGGUCGUCAUCCGUCACUACGCUUACACUGGCUCGUGGGAGAAGUACAAGGCUUACCACCCCAACGUCAUGUGCAUUGCCCUUGCUUUCGUCCUUAAUGCUACUGUCUACGGAACUGCCAUGGUCAUCGGUGCCGUCCCCGCCUACUUCUGGGCCAAGAAGAACCCCAAGUCGUUCGAAAUCUACGGAUUUGCCGUCGCUGGUGGUCUCAUUGCUGGAGAAGGUAUCGGCGGUGUCAUCAACGCCGUCUUCCAGAUUGCUGGCAUCUCUGGACCCGACCCCUAUGGCACCAACAUUGCUUGCCCUGCUGACGCUUGUUAA